AUAUUGUUUUAUCGAGAUAAUUUUUUUUUUUUUUUUAUAACAAUAAUGUGUUCGUCUUGAAUUCAUACGAAUGCGCUCGCGCUGCCACCACGGACUGCUUCCUACCGACACUGGCUGCAACAAGCUCUAUCCUGUCGGUAAGUUGUGCGAUCCAUUUGUACACGUUUAUUUGUUAGUUGACUGGGUUUGUUUAGGGUUUAGCAGAUGGGAGGCUGAUCUUGUUUAGCAGAUCUUGUUUAGCAGAUGGGAGGCUAUAUAUCCGACUGCUUCAACUAAGGUAACGUAAAUGUAGGCGUACGGUUACUUAGCAAUGUGAUGUGAAACGUGAUUAGACGUUUAUUAAUUCAUUUAAUAGUGCUUUGAUAUGUGUCUGGGUUUGUUUAGAGGCUACCGGUAAGUGACAAACUCUAUUCGGCUGCUUAAGGUAACGUAGAUGUAGGCUAACCUUAACUUUUAGCAAUGUGAAACGUAAUGUUUAUUAAUUCAUUUAAUAGUGCGUUGAUAUGUGCCGUGUUUAUUGUUAUGGUUUGAUGCUGGUUAAUGUGAUUGUCCUGAUUUCAGCCUUCAGAGCUGCUGUCACUAUCUGGUCUAAGUGUGUCCCAGGGAAAUGGCAGAUCACAUUAUUGAUCAACGCAUCAGGAUGUACUACAAUCAAGGUCUAACACAGGCAGAAAUUGCAUUGUGCCUUUCUGUUAGAGAUGGCUUUCAGAUUAGUCCUCGUCAUUUAAGGAGAAGACUAGCCCGGUUACAACUUUACAGACGACGGUUAAGCGAUGCUGCUGAGAUUGUUAACUUCAUUAGCAACCAGAUAAGAGGACCGGGUCGUCUUCAUGGUUACCGAAUGAUGCACGAGAGGUGCAGAUUGGCUGGACUGCGCGUGACUCGAGACAUGGUUCAGGAGAUUCAGUCACAUCUUGACCCAGAGGGCGUACAGCAACGGAGAGGAACAAGACUUCGGAGAAGAUGUUAUAGUGUCCCAGGGCCCAAUUAUUUAUGGCAUAUGGACUCUUAUGACAAGCUGACUCCUUUCGGCAUUGGAAUAAACGGAUGCAUUGAUGGGUUUUCGCGUCAUAUAAUCUGGAUGCAAGCAAACUCUUCCAAUAGUAACCCCAAAGUAAUUGCAGCAUACUUUAUGAAUGCAGUCACGGGACUCGGGGGGUGUCCAAAAAUAAUCCGAUCGGAUUUAGGAACUGAGAAUGUUCAUGUUAAUAGGCUGCAACACUUCUUCCGAGAAGAUGAGACUGGCGUUGUGCAUGGGCCGUGUGUGUUCCAAGGACGCAGUACAGCAAAUCAACGGAUCGAAAGCUGGUGGGGGAUCUACAGGAGACAGAACGCAAGCUAUUGGAGGGACGUCUUCCAGGAGUUCCAGGCAACUGGAGACUUUAAUGGGGAUUUCAUAGACAAGGGUCUCAUCCAAUUCUGCUUUCUUAAGAUUAUCCAAAAUGAGCUAGACACCGUUGUGACAAUGUGGGACAACCAUCGCAUUCGACCAGGUGGAAACGGACACCCUAAUUAUCAUGGAAAACCAUGUUUGAUGUACAAUGUACCUGAGCUCUAUCAUACACAAGAUUAUUUGCAUCCACUACAGUAUGAAAGAGUUGGAAUUGUUCUCCAAGAGGACAUUUGUCUGUGGAAAACAGACAUUCCCUGCGACCAUGACCUGCAUGAGCUCUGUUUGAUGGUGAUGGAAGAAAACAACAUAGCACUGUGUCAUAACGCUACAGAGGCAAUACGACUUUACAAAGACCUGAGGCCUUUAAUAAGAGCACUCCUGCCAGAGCCUCAUCUCUGAUGUUGUUGUAGCAUACAGACAGAUGUACUGUCUAUGGUACUAAUAAUGAUGAUGAUGAUGAUGAUGAUGGUGGUGGUGGCAUUUCCAGCAAUGAUGCCUCUCUAAAAAUUUACAUUUCUCAAGUAUCAUUGGCAUUUGCAUCCAUUGAUGCUGUGUGUUGAAAUGUUUUACUAAGAUAAUGUGAUUUCUGUGUAGUAGGCCAGAUUCAUAAUGGGGACCAGCAAAGGCACUUAAAGGAACACACACAGAUUUUGGGAAUUUAGCUUAUUCACCGUAUCCCCCAAAGUUAGGUAAGUCCAUACCUUUCUCAUCUCCGUGCGUGCUGUAACUCUGAAGCACACACCGCUAACCUAGCUUAGCACAAAGUCUGGAAGUGAAUGGCUCCA